GCAGUGCUCGGCGGCUCUGACCUGCAGGUCACGUCCUUAGUGCUGCUCAUGUCUCCUCCGGCUCCGCUCCCGCUUCGGCGUCCCCUCCCGGCGCAGCUCCUCGCAUUUUGGUUCCGCUGAGCCCUGAGAAGCUUAAGGCGGCGGGCGAAGGGAGGAGGAGGAGGAGCUGUUUGGGAGCCCUGCCAAAGCUACCCGGCCUCUUCUUGCAGGAACUGGUUUCCGGUCGGAAGGCAUUAGGAGAGCACGCGCGGCCGUAAUUAGAGGCCGGAUGCUUUCGGCUGUGGCGGAAAUGGAGGCCGGCGGCGGCGGCCAUGGAGACUUGCCGAAGCGCCUUGCCAGCCUGUGGGGCUAGAGCGGCCGCGCGCCUGAAGCGCCAACCCGAGCGAGGCGGCGCGCCCUCCAAUGGCGCCUCUGAACAAGACAGUCGUUCUCAAUCUACGGUGGCGCCGAAUCGUUUGGGAGCUGCGCAUCGCCCUAUCUAGCAAGGAAGAUGGGAAGCGUCACAGACACCAGGAAUCAUAGAAUCGUAGAGUCGCAGAGGUCACGAGGGUCAUCUAGUCCAACCCCCUGCAAUGCAGAAAUAUUUUGCCAACGUAGGGCUCAAACCCAUGACGCUUAGAUUAAGAGUCUUAUGCUCUGCUAACUGAGAGACAAUAUAUUUCCUUCUUUUGCUUUCUUGUCUCCCCAAAUAUAGAUGCAAUGUGCAAGGCUAAGUAGAUUUAAUCAGAAGUAAGGCUAUUCUCUACUUAGUGUGCUUAGGGUUGCAGUCCUUCUCGGAAGUAAUUUUCUAGAGGCAAUAUGCAGAAAGAAUUUAAGCGCUCUUCAGCAGAACAGCCAACUUGCCACGACACACCACCUUUGCAGCAUCUGCACUCAGUGGCGUAGCGUGGGGGGUGCAGGGGGGCAGGCCACACCGGGCGCAACAUCUGGGGGGGGGGCGCUCGCACUCGCAGCUCUCUGCCCCUACUAAAAUCCACGGGUUAGGGGGCGCAAAUUACUUGCCUUGCCCUGGGUGCUGACAACCCACGCUACGCCACAGUCUGCACUACAGACUUUCAAACGUUGGUGUUGAAAUAUAUACAAAAAAAAUUAAUCAGUUUGAGUUGUGUGACUCAAUUUGAGUCUACUAGACCCCAAAAUUUUAAGCAACAUGGACUGAAGUCACUUAUGGUGCCUGUCUGGGAUUAGGGCCCCUGAAAUGUAGGCUUCAUUAGUUUCAUAGUAAUCUGCUCCAGGGUUUCGUAGAGCAGAGUCCAAUUCCUCACAAGAACUUUACACAGCAGGCAGGCAGAUCACAUGGAGAUAGAAACCUUGCUUCCUGCAGCUAGUAAGAUGGAGUCCUGGGUGGUCCUUUAGCUUUGAUUACUGCCUUGGUUCUUGUUUGGAGCUGCUUUAAGUUAUAUUAGAAUGUGGUCGGUAAGAACAGCUUUACAGUGGUACAUUAGGUUAAUAACUUAAUUCAUUCUGGAGGUCCAUUCUUAACCUGAAACUGUUCUUAACCUGAGGCACCACUUUAGCUAAUGGGGCUCCUGCUGCCACUGCGCUGCUGCUGCGCGAUUUCUGUUCUCACCCUGAAGCAAAGUUCUUAACCUGAGGUACUAUUUCUGAGUUAGCGGAGUCUGUAACCUGAAGCAUAUGUAACCCUAGGUACCACUGUAUUAUGCUGCUAGGUUUGCCUGACUGCUAUGCUAGCGGAGAAGCAGGUGCCAGCCCCAAACUUCCAAGUCAGUUUUCUUUCUGUGCAAAGGAGAAAAUAAGGGGCCUUUCUGUUUUAACAUCAGUUAACAUAGCUUUGGGGUUUCGGUUUUAUAUGCAGAGAAACAAAAGGCUAGCCACUAGCAGGAACUGAGCCAAUAUUGACCACGGGAGUGGACAAAUUACAGCUGCCAUACUGUGUGAAUCUACAGCAGAAUAACCUCAUCAUGAUGUGAAAAAACAAAUACUGGCUCUUUAAGGGAAUGUCCACCUGCCAGCCCUCCCUCCCUGCCCCCUUCUCUUAAAGGAGUAAUUGGCUCUCUGAACUGUCUUUCUUACCUGCGCAGCUAACAAACCCCACCCACUUUCCUAUGCCCAUUUCAGUGGUUAAGCUCUGCCUUUCACCCAUAAGCCUGUGCCAGGUAGAAGACCAGCUGCAUUUGCACAAGGAGGAGGCAGAAAUCAUGCAGCCUUUGGACUCGGAGAGAGGCUUAAUCAAAAUCAGCCACUGUAAGAGAGACAUCUUUGGUUCCUUUGUGCCCAAGCAUUGUCCCCUGUGUGGGCAGAGCCUGUUCUACAGGAAACUGGAAGAAGCACCUGUCACUAUCCCCAGCCCAUUUGUUAAUGGGCACAGAGAAAGAUGUUCUUUUUUACUUAAACCUACUACAGGAACCUUUCUGAGGUAGGAUUUUCUGCUCAACAAUGCUAUGUUUGGUAUUUAUGUUCAUUUUGCUUGAUUGUGUGCUCAGAAAGAAGACACAUGAAAGCUACCUUACGAUGGAUUAGAUCAGUCCAUCUGCCACAGUCCACUGAUGGGUAGCAAUGUUUUCCCAAGAUCUGGGGCUAAAUUCUCUCUCAUCCUUGCAAUGUGGCAGCAGGAUUAGAGGUGCCAAGGAACGAGAAGCAUGCAGUGCAGAAUGCUGCAGCAUGAUGAUUGAUAGGAGUGAGAUUUUGCCAGCAUGAUGGUACCAUUGCUCAAAGAUCUGUAUUGGUUGUCAGUUUGUCACUGGGCCACAUUCAAGGUCUGCCAUUCAAGGCCUUAGGAGCUUGGGACCAGUUUACUUAAGGGAUUGUCUUGCCCUACAUGUGCCAAUUUGACUGCCAUGUUCUGGGGAACUUGCACUUUUACAAGUGCCAUAUAAUGUCUGCUCUGCCUUUGUGAGGAGUCGAUCAUUUAGUUUGGCAGCACCCUCACUAUAUUUCAGACAUGCACUGAAAAGGUUUUUAUUUUAGCAAGCCUACCCAGACAUAUGAUUUAGUUACCUAUACUUGUUUUAGAAGUUCUACGGGUUUCAUCUGUGUCUUAAUAAUUAUUAUUUCAUGUAUGUUUCUUAAUGGUGUAUUUUGGUACAAUUUUAUUAUGUACACUGCAUAGAGAGUUCUAGGAUUAAAUGGUUUGUAAAACUUUUAAAAUGAAAUAAAUAUGGCACCUUCUGCAGACAAACCAUGUGGUCUUAUUCUAAGCUCUGGUGUAGAAAUGAGUAAAUUCUGCAUAAUUUACUAAAGUGAGUCAAAAUUUAUUUUGAAACCAAACUGACAGGUCAGGAGGUCUAAUUUAGUGAUCAACCGUAAACCGCUUUGAGAUUUUUUCUUUAAAAUAUAAAGCGGUAUAAAAAUGAAAACAAACAAAUAAACAAACAACAACAACCACCUUUAUAGAGUUACAAAUCCCACGAUCAGUUUAGCGCAGCAUUUCUCAAUCUUAGGUCUCCAGCUGUUUUUGAACUACAACUCCCAUCAUCUCUAGCUAGCAGGACCAAUGGUCAGGGAUGAUGGGAACUGUAGUUCCAAAACAGCUAGAGACAAGAGUUUGAGAAACACUGAUUUAGAGUAAGGGUAGGGAACCUCUUGUGCUUCAGGCCAGAUUUGGGCCAACGGGAGUUCUGCUUCAAUAUAUGAGGCCAUUCCUUGCAAACCACACCCAACUAUCCCACAUCUGUGGUCAUAUUUGGUGCCAUGGGACAGGUACCCACAUAGCUGCAAAGGAACAAUGGGGAGCUUAAAGGUUCCCCAUGCCUGGUUUAGAGGAAUUAUAAAACCUACAGAACGUGGGGUGCAACCUGAUGAAAAGUAUUGAUCAGUUACUUGCAUGAGUUUUAGUUAAGUAAUCUAUCAAUAACAUUUGCAUUAGGAUGAAAAUAAUUCCCAAAAUAAACUUGUUAUUGUUGUUGAUACCUCUUCUAAUAUGGUGCUAACCACCUGCAGUUUUAUAAGUGCUUUUUUGUAUGUAUAUUAUGUAUAAUUUGCUGCCAGAUUGAGGCAGCCCUUUACUCAUUUAGAAGUUUAAUUAAUUAAAUGGAACAGUAAUUACAUUUGAUAAGAUUGUAGUCAGUCUUUUCGGGGCAGAGAGGGAACAGGACAUUUCUCUAUAUUGCAAAAAUAUAGCAUUCCCCCCCCCCCCAAUAACUGGAUUGUUUUCUAACACGAAAAGAUAUUAAAUGUCUUCUUUCAGAGGGUAUGAUGGAAGUUCUGAUCUCCAUGUUGGAAUAACCAAUACUAAUGGUAAGAGACAUUUGUAAUUCACUUUCUAAAUUAAGAUUCUCUAUGUGAAACAUAAAUGUCUAUUGGACUCCUUUCCUUCUCUCAGGUUGCUCAUCCUUUGCCUAUUGCCUACAAUGUCUCCCCCUUCAACCUCCUGGCAUUCUGGCCCUUGAUUUCUCUUCCUUUCCCAAGAUAUCAGGCUCCUUGCUGCAAUCCUUCUACCACCAAUCCCCUUUCUGCUAAGUCUACCUAACCAUUUUUGCUGGGGAAAGUUCGCAUAUGUGAUUGCCUGUAGCUAGAGCUCUUUUCCCUUGUGCCUAGGGAUGUAAGAAGGCAUAAUUUUUUGUUCCACUUGUAUUGGUUUUAUGCAGCACUGCUUCCGUUACACCACCAUUUGUCUUCUGCCAAAAAUGUUACUUUUUUGCUGUCUGCUGUGGCAAAAUUACACAAUCUAGGUAAUUAAUUAUGCCAUUACAUUGACAUUCACAGGACUACAUACUCAGGGUUCAUAUAACCAACAUUUUUAGAACUACCGUUCAGAUGAGCCUGUAAAAGAAAUGGGAAUGAUGUUGCAAGUGACAGAAAUUAACAGAAUGGAAUGAAUUAUACUAUUGGUCAACAUGUCAUAACUAAUCCUUGCAUUUUGCAUUUCUGAUUUGCCCUGUUGCUGUGUAUUUAGGUUUAGUGUAUAAUUACAACGAAACUGGAGUUAACAAAGCUGAGCAUGGAUGGGAACAAUGUGUAAGUGUUCAUCUAGUCCAGCCUGACAUGUAUGGCCUGCUUAACCAAUGGGAUACAUACCUAGAACAAUUCUCUGCAGCAGAAAUCUGGCUUCCACACAGGUAAGAAGCUCAAUAGACAAAUGUGACUAUGGCAGCUAAACUAGACAUCCUUUGUUUUGGAACUCUGCCUAGGUGGUAACUCAGAGAAGGAUCUGAUAUAGUCAUUUGGAGAAAUGGUUUUAGACAAAAUUACUCUGAGGCCUCUUUCUUCAUUAACCCUUCUUUAACCAUUUCUGUAUAUUUUGGGUUUAAUUGAGAGAUUCUGAUAGUAUGUAUUGUAUGAACAAUACUAGAAGGGAGAGGUGACUCGAGACAUCGCAAGCAGUUCCAUGUAACUUUGUAGUGUUAUGGUUUUGCAUAAUAAAUUAUCACUGGACUCCAUCCUAUUCUCAGUUAACGCUCAUCUGUGCAAUCAAAUAUAUUGUUGCUGGCUUUAACUUCUGUUCAAAGUUGUCAGAUGUGUUUCAUAAGGAACAGGAAUUGAUUGGAAUGUAUACGACCGCUUGAUACACUGAUCAAGAGGGAACGGGAUGUAAGCAUGUACAGAAUUGCACUUCUGUUGGAAGACGAACAAACAAAACCAAAAUUGAAUACAGGCAGGUUUUGCUGCUUUCAUUAUUUAUGUCAGCCUCUCUCAAUCAGGUGCUCUCCAGCUGCUUUAAACCACCACUCCCAUCAGCCACAGUCAGCAUAGGCAAUUGUCAGAAAUGAUAGGAGUUGUAGUCCAAAAUUUCCAGAGUACCAGAAGGCUAAUCUAGGCCUUAGCAAAAUUUCAGUGUCCAUAUUCACUGAUCCAAUGAUUAUUAGGAUUGAUUUCUCUUGAAGUACAUUCCAAAUACAGUGGUACCUUAGGUUUAAGUACUUAAUUCGUUCCAGAGGUCCGUUCUUAACCUGAAACUGUUCUUAACCUGAAGCACCACUUUAGCUAAUGGGGCCUCCCACUGCUGCAGCACUGCCACCACACAAUUUCUGUUCUCAUCCUGAAGCAAAGUUCUUAACCCGAGGUACUAUUUCUGGGUUAGCGGAGUCUGUAACCUGAAACGUAUGUAACCUGAAGUGUAUGUAAUCCGAGGUACCACUGUAGUCCCUCGAGUACAGCCUAUGGUUUCAGUGUGGAAAACGAAACAUAUUAUGUUUGCUUUUCAAGUACUUCUAACGACAGGAACGUCAUUCCUAUAAAGGCUUUAGUCAAGCUAUUUUUCUGCGACCCAGCAUAAUAUAUACAGUGAUGAUUACAAGUACCAAAAAGGACCAACAAAAGUUAAAGACCUGAUGAUUACUUACAAGUUCUGGAAUUUUGAAAAAAUUAAUGUAAACGUAGAAUAUAUUCUCUCUUACUUUAAUUGAACAAGAGCUUUGUGUAGGUUUCAAGUAAUCCAAGAAGGGACUCAUUGGCAUCCCCAAGCUAUGGAAAAGUUACAGGCAAAGACACUACUCUGAAAAUUACAGCACUCUUUUUGCUAAGAGUAUGUGACAUAAGAAAUGCUGGUGGUGAGAGCAUGUGUCUACCAUGAGAUUUGUAAUUUUACUGCAGUUAGGUAAGGAAAGAAAGACAUAAAUCUUAUUUUUUUAUUUUUUAAAAACCAUUUUGUUCUGGAUCCUAAACAGGCAGUCAUAAAAUUUGCGGUUGAGCCCAUCAUCUGUUUUUGUUUUAAGCAAAGCCCACCCAGUAGUGUGUUGCCUAAGAAUAGGCUGCAAAAGCACUCAAAGCCACUGGGUCCUUUUAAGAAACCUAAACUUGUAUCUCAUAAAAAUUAACCCAAUACAUACUUGGAAUUUUAGAGAAAUGGGUUUUCAAAGUGAGAAACUUACCAAAAAAUAAAUUUAAAAAAAUCAUACAAGGAUGACAUUCCCUGGCUUCUUUUAUUUUUUUGUAUUUUGACCAAUUUUAAUGAAUCAGCACUGUUCUAAUAAUAAUGAGGAGCACAUUGCAAAGUUAACCUGACUACAGAGUUCCUCAGUUACACUUCAGUUAGUAUAUGCAAACCACAUCCUUACAGCUCCAUAUGCCAUAUAUGCAUGUUUUGUUACCCACUGGAGAAUCACAGGACAAGUAGAAUCUCGGGCACACGACAAUAUGCAAAAAGAGAUUAAAUGCUAUUGCUAAAUUCAGCUUUCCAAGAAGAGAAAAAUGUAAAGGUGGUAAGAACUGCAUCCAAGAUAAAUUUAUGGGUGAACCAAAUAUAACUGAAGGAAAAUUAAGCCUCAUACUGAAAGUUAGAACUUUAAAUAGAAGGCAGAAGUUUCCACUUGUGUAGUUGUUGUUUUUUUAAAAAAAAAUAUGAGGGCAGUGUGAUGUAACUCACAUGGCACAUAUGACAUGAAAGUUUUGUCCAGGUGGGGGGGGGGGAGGUGAUAUUAGCAUCUGCAUCUUUCCAUCAUUUCCAUGUGUAACUUUGUAUAGACAGAAUGAAUGUGACUAACCUCAGCAAACAUAAGACACUAACCAAUGGUGGCUUUGCUCCACCACAUCCCCAAGUUCCACCGUUUAAAAAAUCCUUCCAUAAAUGAUGUUCUGCUGGUGCAUGUUUCCAUUGGUCAAGGAUUGCUCUGGCAUAAUGGCCUGCCUGCACCAUCAUCACAAGCUAAUAAAAUGUUUAAUAGUCAUGUAUCACAUUGGUUUCUUAUGCUCAUUUCUGGUUCUCCCUUUAAUAGGUAUGAAGAACAUCUCCAUAACUGUUACACCUAUGCACUAACAUUUAUUAACUGUGUGCUUAGCGCCCAAAAGAAGCAGCAAAUGAAUAAAAGUGAAUUUACAGAGAGAUUUGUGAUUCCACGAACAAGGAAAGCUUCCAAGUAUAUCACCAUCUACAAGGAAAUAUGCAAAAAUGGCUUCUAUGCGGUUGACCUGCCUGCUCAGGAGGACACUGCCAUUUGAAUUUAUAAUGAGGGAACUGUAUAUGCAAUGGAAGUAAAAUCAUUGUUAAGGCAAUUAUAUUUCUUGUUCCUAUCAUCUCACAAGAAAACAUGAAGCUGGGACUGCAACACAUGUAUUAAAUCAUGCUGCAUGUUUACUCAGAAGGCGGUCCCACAGAGAUUGAGGAUUAAUCUCAAGUAUCCAUAAGACUAUGGAACCUUGAGGCUGUUCCAAUAAACUUCUACUUUUCUAAACAAUGACAUUUGGAAGAAUGAAAUAAAAUAAAGACAUUAUCUGCA